UGUUCUGUUGCAGUGACAGCGACGCAGCCGCCGCAGAGGCCGUGGAUCCCGCUUACGAGGCCAAACCGCAACAGGCCGACAUGCAUCUUCACGGUGAUGUGCUACAACGUGCUGUGCGACAAGUACGCGACGCGCCAGAUGUACGGCUACUGCCCCAGCUGGGCGCUCGAGUGGGAGUACCGCAAGAAGGGCAUCCUGGACGAGAUCCGCCACUACUCUGCCGACAUCAUCAGCCUGCAGGAAGUGGAGACAAACCAGUUCUACAGCUUCUUCCUGCCACAACUCAAGAUGGAUGGCUACGACGGCAUCUUCUCACCCAAGUCGCGUGCCAAGACCAUGACAGAGAACGAACGCAAGUUCGUCGACGGCUGCGCCAUCUUCUACCGCACUGCCAAAUUUACCUUGAUAAAGGAGCACUUGGUGGAAUUCACGCAGCUGGCAAUGGCCAAUGCGGAGGGCUCAGACAACAUGCUGAACCGUGUCAUGCCAAAAGACAACAUUGGACUAGCAGCCCUUCUGCACACCAAGGAGGCUGCCUGGGACAAUGGUUUGCCACCAGACCCCAGUCAGUUCCAUCAGCCUAUAUUAGUAUGCACAGCCCACAUACAUUGGGAUCCUGAAUUUUGUGAUGUAAAGUUGAUCCAGACAAUGAUGUUGUCAAAUGAACUCCGCAGUAUCCUGGAGGAUGCCAGCCACAGCUUCAGGCCUGGACACAAACCUGAUCCAAGCAGCAUACAGUUACUGUUGUGUGGAGAUUUUAACUCUCUUCCAGACUCUGGUGUGAUUGAAUUCCUGACAUCUGGAAGAGUUCCUGCUGAUCACAAGGAUUUCAAGUCACUUGCAUACAAAGCUUGCCUGCAGAAGAUUUCUGGCUGUGAAAAACCAAAUGAAUUCACACAUUCCUUCAAACUUGCUUCCGCAUACAGUGAAGAUAUUAUGCCCUUUACAAAUUACACGUUUGAUUUCAAAGGAAUCAUUGACUACAUUUUCUACUCGAAGCAGAGCAUGACACCGUUGGGCCUGCUUGGUCCUCUUGCUCCUGAGUGGUUGAGAGACAACAAGGUCGUUGGUUGUCCACAUCCACAUGUACCAUCAGAUCACUUUCCACUGCUGGUGGAGCUCGAGAUGAUCCCAACUGUGCCUCCCUCAUCAAACGGCCUGAUCUCGCACAGGUAGCAGCAGCCCAGAGUGGUUCCUGCAGGAAGCACUGCCAGUUUGCGGAAGCAACCCCAGAGACUGUGAACCCGUCUUUCAUCUCAUGCUGCCCAAAAAGCUGGAAUGAGGCAGCUUUACUUUUAUUGAGCAAGGCAACUCCUUAGGCUGCCAUAUUUUUGAAACUUUAGUUUUAACGUAGAUUCAGUUGACAUUGGCAUGGAAUGUUUGCUACAACCACAAUUCAUUAUAAUUAGAUAUAGUGCCCUUCCAUUCCUCAAAUGAGAUUUAAAUUUUCACUACUUCAAACACUGGUAAAGUGUUUUGUGUUCCCAAAAAUUGCUUUGAUUGUUAUUUAAAAUAUAAUGUGUACUUUGGACCUUCGUGUUCAACUUCUGUCUGGCACCUCUUUGUCUCUUACAGCUGCCCAUUCACUUCAGUUUUCAUGAAGUAGUGUAACUCUUACCAAAGUUUCUUAUAUGUGCAGCCUUAAAUCAUCCGUCAUGUGAAAAUCAAUGUAGUAUAUGAUAGUAUUCAUACAGACAGAUUUUUUAGAGUUGUAUUUGAGAAUCUAUGUGGUUGCAUAGUUGAGAUGUAACUGUGACUGAGUCAUCAGAUGAAUAAAACCCUUUGGGUAUCAUGUUGCUCAUCUAUAGGAGGUUUUAAAAAUGAAUGUGGAUAUGUAAGGUGAAAUGGAAGUUUUUACAUAAACAGUGAUUUCAGUAAGUGUGAGAAUGAGUAUCCUAUGAAGUUCGUUUAAUUUGUAAACCACAGAAUUAACAAGCAUUAUACCUAUCCUCCCAUGUCCUGUUCCUCUAUCCACACCCCUCUUACCACUGCCCCCUUUUAUUGUUGCUUGUCUGUUGUCUAAAAGUUUGCUUUGAGCUUGUGCAAUAGUGGUUGACAUUGAAGAUGACUUUCCUUGAUGUCAGCUAAUUAGCACAUUGGCUGGUAUAAGUUGAGUCUUGUUUUAUAAACAGUGUUAUUUCCUCUCCUAUACUGUUGUAUGAUAUGUCCAAUUAAAUUUUUCAUUUCAUUUUACAUUUCAGUGAGCAAUGUUUUAUGUACAUUUUUUUGUGUAAUGAGAGAUAAUGUCACAGUUAUUUUUAGAUGGCUUUAUUCCUUUUAAGUUUGCAUAUUUGAUAUUUAUGCUACAGUGUUGACUGUGAAGUAUGUGCUUCCUAAUUUAUUAAUUUGAUAAAGCAUAGGCAUUGAAUAUGUCUUAAUAGGAAAUAUUAGAUACUGUGACAUUUGCUCUCUGUAUGCCUGCAGCAUGAGCACAAAGUAUAUAUUGUAUUAUUAAAUUUUAGUUUGAUCUCAGUGUACUAAAGACAGAUACAAUGAGUUGCUAUGAAUGUUGGAACUAUUUUAUGCUUGUUUAGGUUAUUAGAGAUAAAUUAUUACUUUUGUCAUGUUUACAUUCUCAUAAAAUGUAAAUUUGAUUACUUAAUGGAUCCACCAUCAUAGGAAACAUUUUUCACCUAACAUAUCAAUAAAUGUGUCUGCUGAAGGCAAGUUGGUGAUGAAAGAAACUUUGUAUGAUGUAUCUUGCAACUGUAUAUCAUUAAUGAUUAUGGCAGUUACAAAGCAGAUCGAAGUUAAUUUUUCUAUUUUGAAUAUAAAUUUCUGGAAUGAUGUCAAUAGUUAUGACAAAACAUGUACACUAUGUCACAUUGUAUUGGGAUAACAGUUUUGUAUACAAUUUAAUUUUUGAAGUUUUUCUUCUGUUUACAUUAAUGUCAUAUGUAUAAUGAAGUGAAUGUUUGUUUGAGCAUUGUCCAACAGUGUCUUUGCAUGACUUUCUUUGUUUGGAUAGUAUUUGUUAAAAUCCAUAGUAUCUGUAGUGUGAACAUCCCAUACGGAACUGUUUACUUACUGUAUACAUUUUUAUGGGGUAUUCACUGUGUGUUCUGAUACUAACUGGCCAAGAAUGCUUAUGAUGAUAAAUGUUCUACGAAUUGCAAAAAGAAAGAAAAAAAAAGAAUUGAUGAUAUUUUUGUGUCA